UAUUCCUAUACUUGCUCUUUUAUACCCUACCCGAAUAAAAGCACCGGUAGAAACCUCUGUGUAGAAAAUCUGAAACACGCCCUCCCUCUUUCGGUCGGUCUCAGCUCUGCACAGUCUACUUCAUCCAUGGCGUUCCCGUAUAUGGAAGCUGUCGUUGGGUUUAUGAUUUUGAUGUAUUUUUUUGAGACCUAUUUGGAUUUGCGACAACAUGCUGCACUCAAACUGCCGACGCUGCCUAAAACUUUGGUAGGCUUAAUCAGCCAAGAGAAGUUUGAAAAGUCUCGAGCAUAUAGUCUUGAUAAGAGCUAUUUCCAUUUCUUUCAUGAGUUUGUAACGAUAGUGAUGGACUCUUCAAUCUUGUACUUUGGGAUAUUGCCUUGGUUCUGGAAGAAAUCAGGAAACUUUUUAGUUUUAGCCGGCCUCAAUGCAGAUAAUGAGAUACUUCACACGCUUUCUUUUUUAGCUGGUGUUAUGAUAUGGUCACAGGUUACUGAUUUGCCAUUCUCGCUUUAUUCGACCUUUGUGAUAGAGGAACGCCAUGGUUUUAAUAAGCAAACAUUAUGGUUAUUCUUGAGGGACUUAAUUAAAGGAAUUUGUCUUAGCAUUGUACUUGGCCCUCCUAUUAUUUCUGCAAUCAUUUUAAUAGUACAGAAAGGAGGUGACUAUCUUGCCAUCUAUCUUUGGGCAUUUAUGUUUGUUCUCUCUCUUGUGAUGAUGACAGUUUACCCAAUUCUGAUAGCUCCACUUUUUAACAAGUUUACCCCCCUCCCAGAAGGAGAGCUCAGGGAGAAGAUUGAGAAACUUGCUUCCUCCCUCUUGUUUCCUUUGAAGAAGUUGUUCGUUGUUGAUGGAUCCACAAGGUCAAGCCAUAGUAAUGCCUAUAUGUAUGGUUUCUUUAAGAACAAACGGAUUGUGCUUUAUGACACGCUGAUUCAGCAGUGCAAAAACACCGAGGAAAUUGUAGCUGUUCUUGCCCACGAACUGGGUCAUUGGAAGCUUAAUCAUACAAUGUAUUCCUUCAUAGCUGUGCAGAUACUUACAUUCUUGCAAUUUGGAGGAUAUACACUUGUGAGGAACUCAACAGAUCUAUUUCGAAGUUUUGGGUUUGAUACACAGCCAGUCCUCAUUGGCUUCAUCAUCUUUCAGCAUACCGUAAUACCUCUCCAACACCUGUUGAGCCUUGGUCUUAAUCUCGUGAGCCGUUCUUUUGAAUUUCAGGCUGAUGCCUUUGCCAAGAAACUUGGUUAUUCAUCUCCUCUUCGAGCUGCUCUUGUGAAACUACAGGAGGAAAAUUUGUCAGCUAUGAAUACAGAUCCUUGGUACUCAGCCUAUCACUAUUCUCACCCGCCACUUGUUGAAAGACUUGCUGCAAUUGAUGAAGCUGAGAAGAAGGAAGACUAACUGGCUUGGACAGAAUUAAUAGAUGUUAUAAUUGAGAUAGAGCAGAACAAUGGUGAAAGUCAGCAGCUGUAAUACUUCUAUUUCUUUUUGUUUUGACAUGUCGCAGUACGAUUUUCCAUUUCAGCCAUGAUAACAUAUCACUAGAGUCAUCAGCAGCUGAAAUGUGUUAAAAGAGUUCUGCUGGUGGUCGACUUUUCUCCAUCGAACUUUCCAAACCUUUGUAUACCAUUACCAAGGCAGAACUCAGUUUAGAGAGAACCACUUAGCUGUAAAUCCCUUUCAUGUCUUCAUUUUCUAGUGUCUGCUGAAGAAUUUUAAAUUUAUUUAAGGUAUGUUACUUGUGUGACUCUGAAAUG